AUUUAAUUAUGGACGCUGCUGAAGUACAACAUGAUGGUUCCUCACCAUCCAAGAAAGUUAAAUCAAAUCCUAAUGCUCUGAAUUCUCUUAGAGAUGUAUUUAUGAUCCAUACUCAUCCUAGCAUACUGUGGUUGUAGCUGAUACCGGCAAGAUCAAUGACAUCCAAAAAUUCUAACCUCAAGAUGCCACCACCAAUCCAAGUCUAAUCCUUGAAGCUGCCAAAUUACCAGAAUAUCAAGCCUUGAUUGAUGAUGCCAUCCAAAAAGGAAUCAAAGCUUAUCAACUCUCAAAACAACCAAUGUAUGUCUCUCUUACUUACCUUUAGUUAAAAGUAACCAAAAAGAACAAAUUCUAGAAAGAAGAAGGAUGAACCAGAAACUAAGGAAAUAGUUGAACCUGAAUUACCAUAAUUCAAUUUUAAUACAUUAAAUCCAGAAGAACAGAAAAUUGUUAUCGGAUUGAUAACUGAUCAAUUGAGUGUCAAUUUCGGAUUGGAAAUCCUUAAGUUAGUUCCUGGUUAUGUCUCAACUGAAGUAGAUGCUCGUUUGAGUUAUGAUAAAUAAGCAACCAUUGAUAAAGCCAAAAGAAUUAUCGCCCUCUAUGAGUAGGCUGGCAUUACAAAAGAGAGAAUCCUUAUUAAAAUUGCUAGCACCUGGGAGGGAAUACAAGCAGCCAAAGCAUUGAAAAAAGAAGGAAUACUAUGCAAUAUGACACUCAUUUUUAAUUAUCAUCAAGCUUUGGCUUGUGCUUAAGCAGGUGUCAGAUUGAUUUCCCCAUUCGUGGGCAGAAUUUUAGAUUGGUUCACUAAAAAUAAGAGCGGAGAAGAUUAUACUAAAUAAAAUCAUCCUGGCGUUAAAUUAGUAACCAGCAUCUGGAACAGCUUUAAAAAAUUCAAAUAUGAUACUAUUGUCAUGGUAUUUUUCAUAUUUGAUAUUUAAUUUAGGCAGCUUCCUUACGUUUGGUUGAUGAAGCUACUGAAUUAUGCGGUUGUGAUAGAAUGACCAUCCCGAUUAAAUUGCUAAAUGAUUUAUAAGGUUUAGAAGGGACAGUAUUGGAACCAAAACUAAAAGUCGAAAAUUUGGAUAAAUUAAAUAUUGAGAAAGUCACUGUUGAUGAAAAAACUUAUAGAUGGGAAAUGAAUUGUACAAUUUUAUUAUUAAACAAUAGAGGAUGCAAUGGGAACUGAAAAAUUAAAUGAGGGAAUUAGAAAGUUUGCUUAAGAUUUAGAGACUUUGGAAAAUGUAAUCAAAUAAAAAUUAACACAAAAUAACUAAUGAAACAGUUAACACAUUAAUAUAUAUAAAUA